AUGACGAUGUUUCAGGCUUUCAACUUCCUGCUGCUCAUUUUGACUCAGUCGAUUCCAUCGGGCGCCAGCUCCUUCCCGCUUAUAGUGCGCGCAGACUCGCUCAAACCCUUUUCCUCUUUAGGUACCUAUUACUGUAUCAACAUGUUUUUGGUGACGCUGUCGACUUUCCUCUGCCUAAUUGUUGUGAACUGUCAUUUCCGUGGUGACAGCCAAUCUGAAGUGCCACGAUGGGCCAAAAAGGUUUUCAUCCAAUACGGUGCUCGCCUCUUUUUCAUUAACUCCCCAUCGACGCAGGCCGCUUCAUCGAAUUCGACGUCCUCGAAGGCGAAGAACAGCGGAGGAGUUGGCAGUGGGGGAAGCAGUAGGUCACGGCGCGUUGCUGACGCGGCGUUAGCCGAGGCGGCACACGCCGACAAAAUGAUGCGCUCAGCCGCCAUUGCCUAUCGAUCAGCCUGCCAGACGCCUCCGUCUCAGACAGGGCGCAUUCACAUGCGAGACACCUUCAGAGACGAACUCUUCACUGUUUUAGGAGGGUGCAGUUGUGAGGUCGUGGGACGUACUGGUGGCGGGUGUUGUUCGGCGGCCCGCGAGAACUCGUUUUGCCCACCCGUCCCCCCCCUUUGCCCUGAGUGCCAACAGCAGUCGGUGACUGACACCUACUGUCAGCAGUGGCCACCUCACCACAGUCAUCAUUGUCAGACAUCACACGUGGCAAAUCACACCCGCAUCGACUGUUCGUGUGACGAGUGCAACACCUCCUACCGAGAACGGGAACCACCCAGCCGCCUGCCGCCACCAUCCUUCCAACGAACUGCUCAACCCAAAUCCCCAUUUGCUGAGGAUGAGGCGGCCAAUAGCCAGAACUGUCCGGCGUGCGCUGGUCUCGCUGCGGCAUCACAAGACGGCGGACUGACCGACUCGAGCUAUAACGAGCCUCAAUAUUCGUCUAAGGACCCCGAUGCAGCUCUGGCCGAUGUUUGGGCUUCAGCCGCACACCACAGAAGUGGACGGUACACGUGCACAAUUCCUCCCCCUAUCUCCUCCCGUCCGAAUUACUACAAUGCAGAAAACCUGCUGGUUGAGUGCAUUAGUGGGGAAGACACGUGCGGUGGUAGCCCAUUCCUCUACGCUCCCGAGUGCGCCCAGUGUCGGCAGUGCGAUGCGGAGCGUUAUGCCGCGGGUGCCGGGUGCAAGCCGGAUGCUAGGGUGUUGAGAAGGGUAGCGACUGUGACACGCGAUAUUGCGGAGAUUGUUAGAGGCAUCAGGUACUUUCAACGCAAAAAUGAAGAAAAGGAGCGUGUUCAGAAGAUAGUAAAUGAAUGGCGAACGGUUGGCGGAGUGCUUGACCGUCUCUUUUUCAUAUGCUACGUGUUCGCAAUAAGCAUUUCGAUCAUCCUCUACUUCCCAAGACCUGCGGGCAGUGGAUAG